UCCGUUUGUUUCCAAAUGGAAGGUAUUGGAGUUGCAGAGCAGAUGGAGUCUCUCUUCAAUAGUAGGACCAAUUUCAGGAAGAUUUGCACUUCUCUUCUCUUUCUAUCUCUGUUUUUAAACUGUUUUACUGAAUUUACAUCCGCCGCUCAACUACUACCACUAGAAGAAGUUCAAGCUCUUGAAGAUAUAUCAAGGAAACUGCACAUAAAACACUUGAACAGUAUUAACCGAACUUUUUGCAGUAAGGGUAAUUUUUCGAAAGUGGUGGAGGAGGAUAUGAUUCUUAUCAAUAUUUCUUGCAAGUGCAACAACACCAUCUGCCACAUCACAGAUAUCCUGUUGAAGGGUCAAAAUUUAACAGGAGAAAUACCAGCCGAAUUCGCAAAGCUUAGUUCCCUGCAAAACAUUGAUCUCACUCGCAACUGCAUAAAUGGAACGAUACCUACGUUUUUGGCUCAACUCCGUCUGACCAACCUGUCCCUUUCGGGAAACCGAAUCAGUGGUUCGAUUCCUAAUGAAAUCGGGGACAUUGCUACCCUUGAGUGGCUGAUCGUGGAAAAUACUCAGAUUGGAGGACCUCUUCCUUGGAAACUUGGAAAUUUGAGCCGCUUGACAAGACUCCUUCUUUCUGCUAACAAUUUUAGUGGAACACUACCAGAUACAUACAGCAAUCUAAAGAACUUAACGGAUUUUCCUUGCAGUAGGAUAGAUGGGAGUAAACUAUCCGGGAAGAUACCUGAUUGGAUUGGGAAUUGGACGAGUAUUACCAGACUGGAUAUGCAAGGAACAUCGUUGGAGGGACCCUUACCAUCUACCAUAUCCCUGCUAAAAAACUUAACUGAGUUGAGAAUAUCUGAUCUGAAGGGAUCAAUCUCGAGGUUCCCUGAUCUGCGGAAUAUGAAAAACUUGAAACAUUUGAUAUUGAGAAAUUGCUUAAUAAAUGAUUCAAUCCCCGAUUACAUUGGUGAACUUCAUAAACUCAAAACUAUAGACCUGAGCUUCAACAUGUUGACAGGUCAAAUUCCAACGUCAUUUGGAAAUUUGAAGAAUCUAACUUACAUGUUUCUGAGCAACAAUUCACUUACUGGGAACAUACCAAACUGGAUAAUCGACAGGGAUAAACGCAACGUUGAUGUAUCUUACAACAACUUCACAGAACCACCAACUGAUUUCGUUUGUAAUCAGUUACCAAAAGCUAAUUUAGCUUCCAGCAACCCCUCAAAUAUGGAGAGCAACUCAAAUGCUUGGUGCUUGAAGAAGGACCUUCCUUGCUCAAACAAUCGCCAGUACUAUUCCUUGUUUAUCAAUUGUGGAGGAAGCAAAACAACAUUUGAUGGGAACGAAUAUGAAGAAGACUCAGCCAUGGAUGGUCCAUCAUACUAUUUUGUUUCUCCAGAAAAAAAAUGGGCUUAUAGCAGUACAGGGGUUUUCGUGGGCAACGAAAAAAAGGAUUACAUAGCAAAAAACUCAUCCUCUUUUAAAUUGAUUGAUGAGAAUGAGAUAUAUGGAACAGCGCGCCUUGCCCCUACUUCACUCAAGUACUACGGCCUUUGUUUACGUAAAGGCAGUUACAAAGUGCAUCUCCACUUUGCUGAAAUAAUGUUUUCAGAUGACCAGACAUUUAGUAGCCUCGGGAAGAGGAUUUUUGAUGUAUCAAUUCAAGGGAAACCUCUUUUGAAGGAUUUUAACAUUAUGGAGGAAGCUGAAGGUCCUGGCAAAAACAUCACUAAGGUGCAUGAUGUAAAUGUUAGUGGCAGCACUCUGGAGAUCCACUUAUACUGGUCUGGGAAAGGGACUAAUGCAAUUCCUGGGAGAGGUGUAUAUGGACCUCUUAUAUCUGCUAUUUCAGUGACACCAAACUUCGAUCCUGAUACGGGACUUUCUGUUGGAGCUAUUGUUGGUAUCGUGGCUGCUUCAUGCGUGGUCCUUGUGUUGAUUUUGUUACUACUUCGAAUUAAAGGUUAUUUAGGAGGGAAAGACCUUGAAGAUACAGAACUUCGAGGGCUAGAUCUGCAAACAGGUUAUUUCACUUUAAGACAGAUCAAAGCUGCUACCAGGAACUUUGACCCUGCAAACAAGAUUGGUGAAGGAGGAUUUGGACCAGUUUACAAGGGUGUAUUGUCAGAUGGUGCAGUAAUCGCUGUUAAGCAGCUUUCCUCCAAAUCUAAGCAAGGAAAUCGUGAGUUUAUCAAUGAGAUAGGCAUGAUAUCUGCCCUACAGCACCCAAACCUCGUGAGGCUUUAUGGCUGUUGCAUUGAAGGAAACCAGUUGUUGCUGAUAUAUGAAUACUUGGAGAACAAUAAUCUUGCCCGUGCACUUUUUGGAAGCGAAGAACACCAGCUAAACCUGAAUUGGCCAGCAAGAAAGAAGAUAUGCUUAGGAAUAGCAAGGGGCUUAGCUUAUCUUCACGAGGAAUCAAGGUUGAAAAUCGUUCAUAGAGACAUUAAGGCUACCAAUGUGCUGCUUGAUAAGGAUCUAAAUGCUAAGAUAUCUGACUUUGGUUUGGCCAAGCUUGAUGAAGAAGAGAACACACAUAUCAGCACCAGAAUUGCUGGAACAAUAGGAUACAUGGCUCCUGAAUAUGCAAUGAGGGGUUAUUUGACAGACAAGGCAGAUAUUUACAACUUUGGAGUUGUUUUGUUGGAGAUUGUCAGUGGAAAAAGCAAUACAAGUUACAGGCCAAGGGAAGAGUCUGUUUACCUUCUUGAUUGGGCUUAUGUUUUACAAGAGCAGGGAAACCUUUUAGAACUAGUGGAUCCGAGAAUUGGUUCAAACUACUCAAAAGAAGAGGCAAUGAGGAUGUUAAACUUGUCUCUUCUAUGCGCCAACCUAUCUCCCACCCUCAGGCCAUCCAUGUCUUCUGUGGUGAGUAUGCUCGAGGGCAAUAGCCCAGUCCAAGCGCCAAUAGUCAAGUGCAGUUCCUUGAAUGAGGACCUGAGGUUUAAAGCCUUUGAGAAGCGAUCACAGGACACCCAGACACCGGUCUCGACAUUCUCUCAGGACAGUCAGAUGCGGGGGAGCAUGUCAAUUGAUGGGUCGUGGAUUGCUUCCUCGAAUUCUAUUAAAAGUAAGAAUGAGGAUGCGGAGCACAGUUCGUCAAGCAAACUUUUCUCAGAUCUUUAUGAUAUAAAUUUAGACUGAUUAAUGAACAUGUGAUGUAAUAACUAUAGCAAUUUCAAAUUAUAUUAAUCUAAACUCUAUCUAGAUUCCUUUGUAAAAUAUAUCUCUGGUCAACCUGUGCACCAAAACGGUGCUAUUUUCAAAAGUUUUCUAAAACUUGUGGAUU